CAUAUCAAAUAUCGAUGGAGUAGUAUUUUGGAAACAAAGAAAUAUGGAUCGACAAUCCACCGAGGAAACGGAGCCCGUGAACAAGGCAGAUGACGUCACACAAAACGAACAUGACGUCACAGACCAACAUGAUGAAAGUCCCCCUUAUCAAAAUGUUGCCAUGGAAUCAAACAAACCCGCCGAACAAAUAGAGAGACAUGAGAUUAAACUUGACAUGGGCAUGCGCAAUGACCGGGCAUUGGCUGACCCCCUGGCCAGACUGGAGCCCCUUCUGACCCUUCUACACAGGGCGUCGCCGCUGCAGCUGCUCAUCUACAUCCGGUUGACAUCGGAACACUUCUGUCAGAGGCAGUCAAAACUAGGGUUUGUCGUUCUGGUCACGUUGCUUUGUGGAUACGUAGUGUACCUGGGAUUCGCAUUCAGUUAUCGUUUUGGUGACGAGGGUUCCAUUCGUCUGCUCGUCAUCACUUUGCUCGUGCUUGUGGGGGUAACAUACCACUAUAUGAAGAAGCUACACGGGGUCUUCCUCUACACCAAGUAUCUGCGACCGUGCAGCCAUGUAUUGCGACCGUACCGUGGGCUGCUCAAACUGUUGAUCACGGUGGCGGUCACGUGCUCGGUGCUGCUAUUUAUAGCCAUCGACACGUGUACCAGGCGGCCGGCGUCCCUCGUGAGUCUGCUCGGGAUCCUCGUGUUCACCCUCGCCAUGUUCUUUUUCUCUACCGACCCCAGGCAGGUCACGUGGCGCCCGGUACUGUGGGGCCUCCUUCUGCAGCUGGUGUUCGGACUACUGGUGCUGAGGACCCACUGGGGCUGCCUGGCCUUCCAGUGGCUGGGCGCGCGGGUCUCGGACUAUCUCGCGUACACACACGUGGGCACGCAGUUCGUAUUUGGGCCGGGAAUCACCGAUAUAUUCGCCUUCUCGGUUCUGUCGGUGUUGGUGUUCACUAGCGCCACGGUCAGCAUCCUCUAUUACCUCGGGGUCCUCCAGGCGCUCACAGAGAAGACAGCGUUCAUCCUGACCCUCAGUCUCGGCACGGGUGCCGUGGAGUCUCUGCACGCGGCGUUCAACAGCUUCCUUGGCUGGGCGGAGACCAUACCGCUCAUCCGUCCGCACAUGCCGGAUAUGACGUUAUCUGAGCUGCACACUGUCAUGACGAACGGGUUCGCCACCGCCGCCGGAAGUACACUCGCUAUCUACACCAUGUUCGGGGUCCCUGCCAACCACUUAUUAGCGGCGUCGGUGAUGUCGGCGCCGGCAGCUCUCGCCAUGUCCAAGCUAUUCUACCCGGAGACACGCGAGAUUCGCCGUAGAAAGGCAGUCCCGCCAAUUAUUCCACGGCAGAGCACGGGAAUCCUGGACGCGGCGUCCCUGGGAGCGGUUAGCGCCAUCUCCCUGGUGACGCACAUCCUGGUCAGCAUGAUCGCCUUCUACUCCCUGAUCGCCUUCCUAAACGCCACACUGGGCUGGCUGGGCGACCGCGUGGGCCUCACACCUCCGCAUCACCCCGCCCUCUCAUUCGAGCUGAUAUGUUCCUUCUUGUUCUGGCCCGUGGCGUUCUUAAUGGGCGUGGCGCCAGCUGACUGCUUAAUCGUGGCCCGCAUGAUCGGGAUGAAGACGUUCUUGAACGAGUUCGUCGCAUACCAAGACCUCGGAAAACUCCGGCAAAACCGUCUCGACCUAGCCCAGACCGUCUCGGAUAGCACCAACCUGACCUGGGUGUGGGACGGCACGGAUAUUGUAAUUUACAGCAAAAACGUUACCCUUGUUGGCGGGGUAAUUUCGCCUCACUCUGAGAUGGUCGCCACAUACGCGCUCUGUGGUUUCGCAAACGUGGCGGCGCUCGUCGUCAUGAUCGGAGCGUUGGCGUACGCGGCGCCCAACCGGAAGCAGGACAUCCUCCACGUGUCCAUACGGGCGCUUAUUUCCGGUAGCGUGGCGUGCUUCAUGACAGCUUGCAUAGCGGGUCUCUUGGGAGACGAGUAACGGCACGAUGAGAAACCUUUUCUCACUAGACCAAAUCCAUACUGUCAGUGUUGUUGUUACGUACGUCAAAACGCAUACUUAACUCGUUAUGGCUAUUGAAUCACAACUGGGGGCGACUUAAAUAAACAUUGUUAAAACGCCCUUUGUUCUCAGGGACAUACAUCAAGCCUAUUUAUAAGUCAUUAUCCAUCAUACCAGUUAUCAUCGGAACUUAGUUUAUGUCCCAUGUAUCAUAGUAAACCACGUCAUGAAGUCAAAUUUUUAAGUGAUAAUGACGUUAUGAAGUCCCAUGUACUAAUGGUGACGUCAUCAAGUCCCGUGUAAUACAACGAUAGUAACAUGGCCGUGAUAAUGACGUCGCGAAACUCAAAUAUGACAGUGAUAUUUUACGUUCUGAUAAGGACGUCUUGUCGUGGACGUGAUAAUGACGUCACGGAGCCUUAUGUAUCAAAGUGAUAAUGGCGUCAUGAAGUCAUUCACACGAAUGUUUAAUUCAAUAUUAAUUUUUGUCAUUUUCACAACUUGCGUAUAUAUAAUAUAAAAUGUAUUUGUAAAUGGUCUAAAUAUAUUAAAUUUAAAGUGACGCUAGGAAGUCCCGUGUGUAACAGUUAUAUUGACGUCAUGAUGUUCGUGUAUGACAGUGAUAGUGACGUCAUGAUAUUUGAUGUAUCAAAUUGAUAGAGGCAUCAUGAAGUCCUUUUAAGGAAUAUUUCAGUCAAUUAUUAUCAUAGUCAUUUUUUUCCACAACUUUGCAUGUACUUGUAAUGAUUAUAAAUAUUUAUAUGUAGACAUUUUGGGCUAAGGUUUCUAUGUUUUCAAGGAUUUAAUAUUAAUGUGAGUAAUCCCCGAAUUUUCAUGUCAAACAGUUGACAUUAUUAAAUACGGCGCAAUUGUGCAACAUGAAUUCAGAAAACUUUCAGUACCAGUAAAAACCGGCACUGCCUCAAAUAUGGGUUUGAAAUACAUGUGUUUGUACUUAAUGUAUUGUAUACAUGUACUUUUGUAUUUGUGAUCAAAACGUAUUUGCAGUGGAUUUGUAUAUUGCACUUCGUAUGUACAGUAAACUGUAUGAACGUGG